AUGCUAUUGGACAUAGAGGAACGCGUUUUGCCAGAGUUUGCAGCGCUUCUUCAAAUGGAGAUCGGAGAAAAAACGGAGCCAUCCGAAAUUCUGUCAAAGCUGACAGAUAGCGCGAUGCAGAAGGUCGAGCACAUGCAGCUGAUCGGCAAAGACCAGCUGCUAGGCGCAAGCAAACUAAGAUCAGAAAGAGUGAUAUAUUCGGCUGUCAUCACAGCAGUGUACACAAAAAUACUCAAGGACAGCCCUGGCAGGAUUGUGGAGGUGAUUCCGUACAUCCAGGAGCGGAUUCGCGAUAGAGACCGGCGGAUUCGGGGGAAUGUGGUUUCUUUCAUUUUCAGGAACAUCCAGGUGGUGAAGGACGAGGGCGUGGAGACGCGGGGCAUUGCAAAAACCAUCAUUGACCUGCUGAAAAACAAGAAAAAGACAGUGCGCAUUUUCUAUCUGCGGCUGGUGGCCUCAAACACAAACGAGUUUGCAGAGCUCCUGGACCCAACCAACGUGAAGUACCUUAUAAACACGAUUGCCCUUCUGUGCGAGUGCCACCUGUCGGAGGGUCUGCACAAAAGCGCGGUCGGUACUAUCAAAAAGAUGGUAUCAAUAAUCAACCGCCUUAAAUACCUGGGGAAGAUCCUUCUGCUGAACGUCUUUCCUCUGUUUGAGGCGUGCGACUUUUCUUUGCCGGCGCUGCACCCAAUACUUAAGGGGUUCUACAGAAAGUGCAAAAAGGAAAUAGGGAAUGUGGCAUAUCUGAAGUUUAUAGAGGACCACAAAAAAGAGAAGACUACGGGGCACAUAUACAAAAACCUGCUGCUUCUUCUGGAGCUGGGGGUAAACGAGCGGGCGCAGGUGUUUGAGCGGUACAGAGCGGCGAUUGACUCUGUGCAGAGCCAGGAGAUGAAGAUCGAGGCGCUUAGAAUUAUUCGGGAGUCAAAGCACAACCCGAACAGAGCGCUGUACCUUGAAGAGGUGCUGAGCAUCAUAAAGGGCAUGGACUCGCACACAUCCCCCGAGAUUGCCGAGGCCGUGCUGCCCGCAUACAUGGAAUAUGCAAAGGACGGGGUUGUUUCCCCGGAGAAGUUCAAGGAAACCGUAUUUGCGCUGUUCAGCGACUGCCCAGGGUCCCGAAUCCCAAUUCUGGAGUUUCUUAACGCCUUUUUAAAAGAUGUCCCUGUCCCCGGCGGCUUUCUUUGCGCGCCAGGCGCCUCUUUGCAGAACACUGCGUCGACUCUGAAUCCAUCCGGCCUUCCAAUGGCAUCGACACAGUCCUUGAUCGGAAUCAGCGCGGACUUCUCUGGGCUGCAUGCUCUAGCAGAAGAAGACGCCCGAAAGCCUUUGGGCGCGGACAGAGGCGGCAGCGCCACGGGCAAGCAUGCCCAGCAGGAGGGGGCGAUCCUGGAAAAACCUGCACAGGGCGAGACAUGCCACGCAGCUUUGCCGAAAAUUGCCAGGGCAGCCAGAGAGCUUGUGUGCCAGAUCAUGGAAGUGCUUAUUGAGCGCGCAGAUGCGGAGGUGCUGGAGCUUUUCCUCAACUACUUCAACCCGUUUGAGCACGGCACGCCCUCCUCCAUAUACUCCAUCAGCAAUUCGGUGACCUUCUACAGCAUGCUGUGGUACAUGCACACGGCGCGGCAUGCCCCGGGGCUGAUAGAAAACGCGGAGCCAGACGGCAUUGUCAUACACAAAGUAACACACAGCGACUUUGACGUUUCGCUUGAGUUCUACUCUGUGCUGUUUAUUCUCUCCGAGUCCUCGGGCCAGUUCAUGAACAGCGUCCGGAACGAGAUAUUUACGCAGAUCUCGCGCUAUCUCCAGAGAACGCUCGACAGCGUCCGCAGCUCAAGAGAGUAUCUUCUGAGCAACUACAGCGAAAUAUCCUGCUCGAUCGACGAAAUGGUCUCCAACAUGAGCCGAAAAAACAACACACACAAGGCUGCAUACCACCUCAUGCAGCACAACCUGCACACAGUAAUUGCGCUUUCGCUCUAUUUGCUGAACUCAAGCAAAACAUUCAAGAACCUGCAGGAGAUCCAAACGUACAUGGAGCUGCCGUCCGUUGAGCAGAUCGAUCUGGACAGGGCACACGAGUACGGAAUAGCGUCCAAAAAGAACGCGAAAAAGAUGGACCGAUUUGCCGCUCUUACAAAGAGAAAGCGAAGAACGCCUCCUGCGGAAAUAGAUCUAUCUUCUGUAACUGAGCACUCUAUAUCCACCAAUCUGGACACAAACAUAAUAGAAGGAAUGUCAAAGAUAGAUGACACUAAGCAAUAA